CCCCCCCCCCCAGGCGGGUGCACCCGCGGAGACCCGUGUUGGAACUUGACGGGAUGGGGCUUCCCGAGGAGCGGGGCCGCAGCGACUGCGGCAGUGGGGCUCGGGACGAGGCCGGGUCCGGGAGCCGGGCGCGGAGUUGGUCUCCGCCGCCUGAGAUCAGCCGCUCGGCGCACGUCUCCUCGCUGCAGCGCUACCAGGAGCUGCACCGGCGCUCGGUGGAGGAGCCGCGGGAGUUUUGGGGAGACAUUGCCAAGGACUUUUACUGGAAGACCCCAUGCUCUGGCCCCUUCCUCCAGUAUAACUUUGAUGUGACUAAAGGGAAAAUCUUCAUUGAAUGGAUGAAAGGAGCAACUACCAACAUCUGCUACAACGUACUGGAUCGAAAUGUCCAUGAGAAAAAACUUGGAGAUAAAGUUGCAUUUUACUGGGAGGGUAAUGAACCAGAGGAGACUGCCCAGAUCACAUACCAGGAACUUCUGGCCCAAGUGUGUCAGUUUGGCAAUGUUCUCCGAAAGCAGGGUGUUCAGAAGGGUGACCGAGUGGCCAUCUACAUGCCCAUGAUCCCAGAGCUGGUGGUGGCCAUGCUGGCGUGUGCCCGCCUUGGUGCUCUGCACUCCAUUGUGUUUGCAGGUUUCUCUGCAGAGUCCCUGUGUGAGCGGAUCCUGGACUCCAGUUGCAGCCUCCUCAUCACCGCAGAUGGCUUCUAUAGGGGUGAAAAGCUUGUGAACCUGAAGGAGCUGGUUGACGAUGCUCUGGAGAAGUGCCAGGAGAAGAAUUUCUCAGUGAAGUGCUGCAUUGUGGUUAAGCACCUAGGACGCGCUGAGCUGGGCACAGGUGAUUCACCGAGCCAGGCCCCUCCAGUAAAGAGACCCUGCCCUGAUGUACAGGGUAAGCUGAAAGAGAAACCCAGGUGCAUCCAGCCCCAGGUCCCCUGGAACAAGGGUGUUGACCUGUGGUGGCAUGAACUCAUGCGAGAGGCAGGAGAGGACUGUGAGCCUGAGUGGUGCGAUGCUGAGGACCCGCUCUUUAUCCUGUAUACCAGCGGCUCUACAGGCAAACCCAAGGGUGUGGUACACACAGUUGGGGGCUACAUGCUCUAUGUGGCUACGACCUUCAAGUACGUGUUUGACUUCCAUGCAGAGGAUGUGUUCUGGUGCACAGCAGACAUCGGCUGGAUCACUGGCCAUUCCUACAUCACCUAUGGACCAAUGGCCAAUGGAGCCACCAGUGUGUUGUUUGAGGGGAUCCCCACCUACCCAGAUGUGAGCCGCUUGUGGGACAUCGUGGACAAGUACAAGGUGACCAAGUUCUACACGGCACCCACGGCUAUCCGACUGCUCAUGAAGUUUGGAGAUGAGCCUGUCACCAAGCAUAGCCGGGCAUCCUUACAGGUAUUGGGCACAGUGGGUGAACCCAUCAACCCAGAGGCCUGGCUAUGGUACCACCGGGUAGUAGGUGCCCAGCGCUGCCCUAUCGUGGACACCUUCUGGCAGACAGAAACAGGUGGCCAUAUGCUGACCCCCCUUCCUGGUGCCACACCCAUGAAGCCUGGUUCUGCUACCUUUCCGUUCUUUGGUGUUGCUCCUGCAAUCUUGAAUGAGUCUGGAGAAGAACUGGAAGGUGAAGCUGAAGGUUAUCUGGUCUUCAAGCAGCCCUGGCCUGGCAUCAUGCGCACAGUCUAUGGGAACCACGAACGUUUUGAGACCACCUACUUCAAGAAGUUCCCUGGGUACUACAUGACAGGAGAUGGCUGCCGUCGGGACCAGGAUGGCUAUUACUGGAUCACUGGCAGGAUUGAUGACAUGCUGAAUGUAUCUGGUCACCUGCUGAGCACGGCAGAGGUGGAGUCAGCUCUCGUGGAACAUGAAGCCGUUGCAGAGGCAGCUGUGGUCGGCCACCCACAUUCUGUGAAGGGCGAAUGUCUCUACUGCUUUGUCACCCUCUGCGAUGGCCACACCUUCAGCACCACCCUUAGCCAGGAGCUGAAAAAGCAGAUUAGAGAAAAGAUUGGCCCCAUCGCCACACCAGAUUACAUCCAGAAUGCACCUGGCUUGCCUAAAACCCGCUCAGGGAAAAUCAUGAGGAGGGUGCUGCGGAAGAUCGCUCAGAAUGACCACAACCUGGGGGACACAUCUACUGUGGCUGACCCAUCUGUCAUCAGCCAGCUCUUCAGCGAUCGCUGCCUGACUACCUAGUGGACAGACCCUGUCCUUUAAUCAGGAUGCCCCCUGCUUGGCUCUCUGACAUUUAGCCCACUCUCCCUGCCCCCAUUCUGGAGUGCUGAGGGCCAGCACUGACCUACAUCCCUCCCUUGACCAGCUGAGACUGAGGACCAGUUUGCCACUGGGUGAAGGCAACUUCCUGUGAAUGCCUAGCAGAUGGGACGGGGCCCAGGUCAGCCUCACACUGUUGUGUCCCCAGACUGCAAAGAGCCCUUGGAGCCCAGGGACCUGAAGGUCACAGCUCCAACCCAAGACAAGUCUUCAGAAGGCAAGCAAGGGCCUAAAGAAGGGAGGCAGCUCUGUAAACUCGUCAGCAUUCUCUGGAAGCACCAGCACUUAUCUUGGGUGUGCGUUUGCCCUUAGAAACCGAGUUUCUCAGUCCUGGGGGGAAAAGAAACUGAGUAUUUUUUUUAAACCCAUGACUCCUUCUGUUCAGAGUCUGAAUUCCCCCUUGUGCCAGAUGGCAAUGCUGUCUGCCCAUUUUCUCUUGGGGCUGUGUGGGCAGGCUCUGUCUUCAGAGGGUUUUCAGAUCAUCUGCUUCUUUGCAGUGUAUUAUGUUUUGUUGCUAAGGCCAGAGAAGUUGUCUUCCAUGUCCUCUGUGUCUAUCCUCCUCUGAAUAAUGCCAUGCCCGUGAUAGACAGUUUCAGAUGAAACUAUCUUUUUUUGUCCUGGUUGUGCUCAAGGCCCACACCUGUAGGAAUAAAGUCUGUGCCCUCAAAAA